UCGCGCCUGUCCCUUGGCGCCAAUGCGCAGUUGCGCGCGUUUUCUGCUAUUGCUCGGUAACGUUGGAUAGACUGCUCAGCGAAAAUGUCUCUUACUACGCGGGACAUGAACAAGAUCAACAACCUGAAGAUUUCUAGCCGGGACAAGGAAAACCACGUGCCCGACGCUAGCAUCGCCGACGCCGCCAGAGUUGAAAAAAAGGCGCUGCAGCAGACAUCGCCAGUGGCGCGGCGGUCGACAUCCGUGGAGGACGAGCCGCUUCUGCGCGAGAAUCCUCGUCGGUUCGUGGUAUUCCCCAUCGUGUACGAGGACAUAUGGCGCAUGUACAAAAAAGCCGAGGCCUCUUUCUGGACCGUGGAGGAGGUGGACCUGUCCAAGGACUUGCCGCACUGGGAAUCGCUCAAGCCCGAGGAGCGGCACUUCGUCUCGCACAUCCUCGCCUUCUUCGCCGCCAGCGAUGGCAUCGUUAACGAGAACCUGGUGGAGCGCUUUAGCCAAGAGGUGCAGGUGACAGAGGCGCGGUGCUUCUACGGCUUCCAGAUGGCCAUUGAGAAUGUUCACUCCGAAAUGUACAGCCUGCUCAUUGACACUUACAUCAAGGAUGCAGCUGAGAGAGAUAUGCUAUUCAAUGCCAUCGAGACCAUGCCCUGCAUCAAGCGUAAGGCAGACUGGGCACUGCGGUGGAUCGGGGACCGGAAUGCGAGCUUUGGGGAGCGUGUGGUCGCCUUUGCUGCCGUCGAGGGCAUCUUCUUCUCGGGCUCCUUUGCGUCCAUAUUCUGGCUCAAGAAGCGAGGCCUCAUGCCAGGUCUCACCUUUAGCAACGAGCUCAUCAGCCGUGAUGAGGGCCUGCACACAGACUUUGCCUGCCUCAUGUUCAGCCAUUUGGUGCACAAGCCAUCGGCCAUGCGAGUCAAGCAGAUAGUGUGUGAUGCUGUUGUCAUAGAGCAAGAAUUCCUGACUGAAGCCCUGCCUGUGGCCCUCAUUGGCAUGAACUGCGAACUGAUGAAGCGCUACAUUGAGUUUGUGGCCGACCGACUGCUCGUGGAGCUGGGAUGUGAAAAGGUUUACAAUUCUGAGAACCCAUUUGACUUUAUGGAGCACAUAUCACUGGAAGGCAAGACCAACUUUUUUGAGAAGAAGGUCGGUGAAUACCAGAAGGCUGGUGUCAUGGCCAACAAGGAAGACCAAGUGUUCACUCUGGAUGCCGACUUCUGAAUUCCUUGUGCAUGCGCUCUUAUUUAUAUACAACAUGCGCAUCGAUGUAUUCGUGCGCUCUACAUGUACAUAGCGAUACUGGUGAAAAUAAAGUGUUUUAAUGAUU